ACCAUUGAUAUAUUAAACUACUAAGCUCAAUACGUUAUUAACUCAUUAAAUUUUGUUAUCGUUACCCUGGAGGCUCUAUCUUUUGGCCCUUUUUCGAUACUGAUUACAGUUUGUCAAAUUUUCCGCGGAUUGUGAGCAGUUGCAUGUUCAGUCCGAUUAGCAAAUUUUGAUAUAAAUAUGCUUAUACGAUCAACUUGCUAACUGAACGACGUUUAGCUGGGAAAUGCCCGAAAUCACUUUCCUCUCAAAAUGCCAAACAGUAAAACUAAUUUUUCAUUCCGUACUCAAAUAAAGGUCUAAUAUAUAAUGCAUAUAACUGGCAGACGCAUUCGGUUUCCAAACGUUUUGGUCAGUUCUUCAGAUGGGUGGAGCCAUACUCGUCUUUAUCAGGGAAAUCUGGCAAAAUCAAUGUCAUUUACCCAUUUCAAGCACUUUCAUCAUAAACUCACUUUCCUCUCAAAUUGCCAAACAGUAAACAAAUUAUUCAUUCCGUGCUCUAAUAAAGGUCUAAUAUAUAAUGCAUAUAACUGUCGGAAAAAAGUUAGCAUUCGGUUUCCAAACGUCUUGGUCAGUAAUUUAGAUGGGUUGAGCCAUGCUCGUCUUUAUCAAGGAAAUCUGGCAGCUAUAGAGUGAAGAAUUUGGAAGGAUUGAGAAGUAAAACAUUUCAGUAGUGUUUUUAGAUUUACUAAAUUACCUGCUACAAGUCAAGCAAGUUUAGAGUAAUAGCUGUUAGAAGGAUCGAUAACUUUGCUAGAGACUCGGGAAUGGAUUACAAAUUACGAACAGUCAGAUGAUAAAGAAGGCUCCAUUGUGUGGUAAAACAUAAGCAGGGAAGUAGGACGGCAGCGCGGCAUGAAACUAAAAGUUCUAGUAAUAUGUUUCGCAUAGAAGAAAACACCUUUGACCCAUGUAACCAAGAUGUAACAAUAUGUCAUGGCUAGAAAUAGUUGAUGCAUAGAUAUCUUAAAGCAAGCAACGAAAGCGAUAAUUUCAUCAAUUGUCGCCGUGGAUUACAAGAAACGGGAAGCAAAAGCAACGGUUUGUUCGGAUAGUAAGAGUGACUGUUACUCUACGGAAUUGGUGUGAAAGUAUAACUACACGUCAUUUUUCUUCACUUACACGGGCAGACCUGAAGUCUACAAGUACCGACGCCGUUUGUUUUGGAAACACUCCAGUGGGCCAUAUAUAUAUCCGUGCCAUGCUCUUCUGUGGGAAACGGUCAUGUUAUGACACAACAGCUGAAUCAGAGACUGGAAUUGAAUUAAAUUGCCUAAAUGAAGAUAAGGAAAAGGAAGAUUUUGAGAACAAACUGAAAAGGAAGAUUCAAUAUGGGGAUGCUGAGGAGGUCAGUAGAAUUUCCCCAAAGGAUCUGACGAAAUGCAAUUCUAAUGCAUUGUUUAUGGCCAUGAAGAUGAACUUUGAAGUUCGCCACAGAGCAGAUGAAAAGGGUCCAGAUGAAGAAGAAUUCAACAAGCUAGCUCACUCCUUGGACGAGUUCACCUCUUCUCUCCUUAACCCUUUAAAGUCUAACACAGAAAACCGUCAAAUUUUUGCAGAUUCUUUGGGUGAUGUUAUGGAAAAUGCCAUUGAGUUAGAACAAAAGAAGUUACUGUCUCAUCCAGUUCUUUACAGCCUAAUGAACAGCAAAUGGAUCAGCCACUCAAGAGAAUGGCGCAAUACACCAUAUUGGAAAUGGCUGUUCCUUAACCUCUGCUGUCUAUUUGAUUUGCUGCUGUUCCCAGUCCUCUUCCUUGUCCUCUACCUGAUACACCGAGUCAGGGAAAAGGCACAAGCAAACAAAAAACGUGGAAUUGCAUUUGUGAUAAACGCAACUUCCGAAGUUGCAGAACUGUCCUUUCAACUGAUGCAAGCCACCAUCAAGUUUGUGAUGAAUAAAUACGGCCUUAAGAACGUCAAGUUCCACAUCAUAACAAGAGGAAAAGAUAAAAUUCACUUUGACAGCAAUUUGUCAGAUGUUACAGCAUUGAAGCAAGCGGUGGAUAAGCUUGAAGGAGGAAACGAAGGCAUCCCUGCGCUGCAUAAAGAUUUAGAGAAAGCUGUUUCCGCGUUCGAUAGCGAAUGCGUCAGUAAUUGCAAAAAGGUCUUGAUUUUGCUAACGGAUCAUAGAACAUGCGCAAGAAACGAGAAACAGAAAGUUAAGGAGAGAGCUGGACAAUUGUCCGACGUACAACUGUUGCCAAUAGCAAUCGGAAGACAUGUCAACCUUAAGGAACUGCAGAAGAUCAACAAUGGCCGCGAGGUUCCUAUGUUCGGAGAAUACGAAGAUCCUGAGAAAGUUGGAACGAAGAUUAUUCAAGAAAUAGAGGGAAAAGACUUCUACGAUCGCUACUUGGAAUACUUCAUGACACCUUAUUUCAUCUUUGUUCGUGACACACUCAGCUACCUAGCCCUGCUUGGUCUUCAUUUGUUCAUAUGCCUCGCUCCUUCCACAAUUGCCUUCAGUGGAGUCGAGUGGGCGAUUUUUCUCUUCUUCUUGGGUCGAAUAGCAAUGGAAGGCAAACAGUUUUUUCGCGCCAAUGUGCUGCGGAGAUUUAAACGUCAUCAAGAUGCAACGGGCAGCGAAAGAAGCCUUGGCGUUCUGUGGAGUUUGACCAAAUAUUUCAGCGAUUGCUGGAAAAUCCUGGACACUGCCACCAUCGUGAUUUACCUGGCUACAUUUACACUGAGAAUGGUUACGUGGGCUUUAUCUGGUGCAGUUGUCAACAAUCGAGUCCUGGUCAUUACUGGUUACUUGUACGGACUCAAUACCAUGUUACUCACGCUCAGGGCGUUUGGUCACAUGAUGGAGACGACAAAAAGAAUCGGUGCCAUUCAGAUUGCUUUGUUCCACAUAAUUGGAGAUGUGGUCACUAUCUUUUGGCAGUUUUUGGCAACCAUUUUAGCCUUUUCCCUGGCUGCAACCAAAGUUUAUAUGGCUGAAAAAUCGUAUGUUAUCGAAAAUGGCAUUGGAAGAGAUCUGGCAUGCAGCACUACCGGAAUAUACUGUUGGUGGUCGAUGCUCAAACACUUCUUAUGGUCCUUGCUGGGGAUAGCAGAUCUGGAUCCUCUCGAUUCAGUUGAUAGUCCUUCGGUCAUUCUAGCGUAUUUCCUGUACGGUGUGUUUUUGAUUAUGGCCGUUAUUCUUCUAAUCAACAUGAUGAUUGCUCUUUUAUCAAACACAUAUCAGCAAGUCGCGGACCAUUCUUUAAUGGAGUGGUCAUACAAGAAAGCAAUCACCAUCCAAGUUUACAGUGCUUACGAUCCCAUACCUGUACCUUUGAACCUGAUAUCUAAUUGCAUCACACUACUGUGGUCUUUGAGAAACUGUACAUUGUCUACAAGAUCAAAUAUUCCAACGAAUAAACAGCGGGCUCUAGAUGCAGUUGUCGAGGAUCUUUACCGUACCUACUUUGCAACUUAUGGCUAUGCCUUUCCUCUGACGGAGGAGACUAAACUGGACCAGGUGCUCCAAGAAACACAAAGAAGCCGUCAAAUGACCAAUCAGAUCACUCAGAGGAUCUUUCCGGUACAUCCGGGACAUGGUUGUCAACAGGAAGUUCUCCCUUGUGGUGAAAAGGCGUGGCAAAGUAUGGGCAUAAGAGUUGAAGGAUGUCUUUUGACGUGUGAAGGAGCGGAGGCUUGUCCAACAUGUAAAGAUGACCCAGCUGAGUACCACGGUGCAAGAUAUCUCACUCCUUUCUCUCCACAACAUUCUCAUUUCGAGGUACUACAUAAUUAUCGGAUGUAUUUUCUCUGUAUAUGUAUAUAUAUAGCUUGAUAUUCGUCCAUUCACAACCACUUAUUGAUUCGAUUACCUUUAAAAUUAAUGUAAGUUCCCUAAUAGGUUUUUUUUUUUUUCCAAUGGUUGGUCAUGUGACCAAUAAUUUCUAAACUUUUAGCGAUAGCUAAAUGAAUUUCAGAGCUGGAAAGAGCAUGUUUUAAAUAGCCAGAUUACCCAUUUUCAGACCCAUACCAUCUAAGGUUGAGAUUCAAUGAUGAAUUGAAUAGUGCCAAAAAUGGAAGGUUUUGUAUGUUUGUGAGGAACUCAGUGAAGGGAAUCCUAUAUAAUAAGGACAGGGGUGCUCUUUGUACCUUUCAGGGGUGUUCCUCAGUGGAAGCUUUCAAAACAUAUGACAGGAGAUAAUGUGUUGUAUUAGAAUUGGUACCUCUUAAGGGUUCUUUUCAAAAUUUCCAACGAGGACCUCCGUCCUUUUUAAUUGGGAGGUGCUUCCCCAGGGAGGGGGGUGAGGAAGAUUUCCCCUCCAGAAACCUUUCCGUUUUAAAUUACUACAAAAUAAAGCUGCUAGCAUACAACUGUUGAAGAUAGAAAGAGGGGUAAAUUAUCAGAGAGAGUGGAAAAUUCUAGGGACAUAUUUUAUGGCAGUUUGAAAACUUGCAAAAUUACUGGGAUUUAUAUGGAAAACCACUGCAGCAUGUAAGCUUAUUUUUAAUUUUUUUUUUUUUUUUUAAAUGUUUAUAGUGGUUUAUUAUUUGUAGAUGUUCUGUCCAUUUCUGAUAAAAUACAUAACCAAUGACUAAAUCAGUGUGUUCUUGAAACGCACGUCAUGUGACUAACUGUUCCAAAAGCUGCCUCUUGCGAAAAUAAAAAAGAAGGAAAAAUAGUAUGCGUAAAUUAAAAUAAUUAACAGUAACUGUAACAGUAACUGUAACUGUACUAAAUUUAUGUGCAGUUCAUAUUUCCCCAUUUUUGACAUUCAU